AUGUUCUUGGGAAGGGCAAAGGACACCCGGACGUGUACCUCUUUCCAUGCAGCGACGCUCCACCCAGUGCCUCGCGGCACGGUCUCGGAUAUUUUUAUGGUCGAUUUGGAUCUGAACGGCAUCGUCAAACGAACGAAAGCAGGCAAGUUGACCAAGAAAAACGAAGUUCAUGUGUAUCUACCAAUGGAAUUGAAUGGAACGAUUGUCCUUGUGAAAGUGAACGAUAACCAGUGGCGGGUGGAUAACAGUUCGCUCGCAUCAGGCAGUAAAGGGCUCGGUUACCGCACCAGCAAGGUCCUCGAAGCCAAGUCCUGCGAUAACAUUUCGGCCCGCUAUGCAGAAUGGGGGACCAUCGCAAGCGGCAUCGACACCGGUGACGGUUGGCUGCAAGUACUGUUGCCCACAAAGUUCCCUUUGUAUUCGAGAGGUUGGACGGGAAGCCCAAUUUUUGACAUCGUUCCAAUAUCUGGCAGCAUUCUGUGCAGGUGGCGGCCUCGAGAAGAUCCCGAGUCUGGGAAGUUGGAGCAAAGGUGGUUUACGCGACAACGAUGA